AUGGACGACAACGAGAGCACAGUGGUAGCAUCACCAUCGCCAAAGCAACUACGAAAGCGUAGUGGAGGAUUUAAGAGUCCUUUUACGAAGAAGAAGAAGCAGGAGGAGGGGUCAGUGCUUGAAUACAGUAAAUCGAGUAAACAGGUGAAGGAGUACACGAGAAACAUUGAUACGAUGAAACAGGCUAUUAAGAUUCUGAAGAAAUAUGACAUGGAGCUGAGGACUAUGGAGUUGAUCGACAAAUGGAGGAGCAUUUGUGACAGAUCUAUGUCAUAUAUCCUCAAUUUCACGGUGUUGAAGAUAAACAAGCUAGGUGGGUACGAAGAGUAUAAGAAGAGGGAGAUAGGUAUGGAAAAGGCGAAGAUCGAGUAUCAGAUGGAUACUAGCUUCCAAGAGGAAGUCGAUACAGUGUUAGAAUCCGAAGAGUUCAAAUCGUUAUCUGUAGACGAACAGACGGAAUACAGAGAUCAAAUCGAUGGUAAAAUCAAUGAAAUGGAAUCCUGGAAAACCAGCCAAUUACAGAAAUUGGACUUGCAAUUGGAAAAUUGUCAAGGAAAGGAAAUGGACAUGCUUGAAUUGUCUAAAAAACUCAAUGUUGAUUACAAUCUGAUAUACCCCAUGUAA